GGCGGUGCACGUUCUUUCGUAUUCAAAUGCCAAUGACUGGGGAUGUUUUCGUUGAAAAGUAGGAUGUUUAUUUAACAUUAUCAGUCAUAUUUGCAAGUAACACCUGUAUUAAAUUGGUUAAAAUUUUAGCUAGAUUUGCAGGAGAGCAGUAUUUAAGAUUGAUAUUCUUGCAAGGUUUGGAGAAAGCACUGCAAUUUUGAUUUACGUGGUCUAAUUUGUCAAAUUUGCAGACAUGAUCAAGCACGGGCAAAUUGCCGACGCUGAAUUUGAUUGGUUCAAAAUACGUUCAUGUCAUUUUUCGAGGUCCCUUUGUUUACAGAGAAGAAAGGAUUUUUUUACACAAGGGAAGCUUGGUUAUUUUGAGAAAUUGACAUUCUACAGUGGAAGAAGCUUUUAAUUUGACAACAUUUUGGUUUCAACAUGGUUUUAUAGAAUUAAAGUGUUAACUGUUAUUAAUAUUUUGUAAUAGUUCUUGUUCUGAUGAUUCACACAUCUGAGUGUUUAACUCUGACUCACACAGUACCCAGUUCCAUUACUGUUUACUGAGACAAAGGACACUCUUCACCUCAGGAUAUUACAAAUAAACAUAUGUGUAUGAAAUAUCAUAAAUGAUGUUUUAUGUAUGGAAGUGUGUUUGAGAUGAAAAUUGAAAGAUAUCAAGAAUCUGCUGACAGUGAAACCCAAGAUUCAGUGAUGGCCUCCCCAACACCUUCACAGAGUGACACAGUCACUACUGCUUCAAACUCCGACUCAGAAAUGGAGUCAGCUGGAAAUCCAAACCUACGAUGUUUCUUAUGCCACGAGACCUUCUCCAUUCCGAAAGUGCUAAGCUGCUUUCAUACGUUUUGUCAACCUUGCUUGGAGAAGACUCAAGAACUUCCAGAUAAGAUUGCUUGUCCAGAAUGUCACCAAGAUACUUUUCUUGGUGCCAAUGGUUUAAGUGGACUGUUGCCUGACUAUGCUGUAAGCAAUCUUCUGGAAAAGACAGCUCUUGACACUAGUGCCUUACACUGUACUGGCUGUAAGAGUAAAGACACCAAUGCAGUGGCUAGGUGCUUUGAUUGUGCUAACUUCCUCUGUGCUAAUUGUGUUAUGGCACACCAGUUUAUGCAUUGUUUCGAAGGACAUAGGGUUAGCAGCCUUACAGAUCUGAAAAAUAAUAAGGAAAAUGGAAAGCUAGAGAAGCCUUUGUAUUGUCCACGUCACAAGGCAGAAGAGCUGAAAAUCUUCUGCAAGACUUGUUCAAUUCCAAUAUGCAAAGAAUGCACAGUGUUUGAUCAUGGUCGAGGUCACGAUUGCCAGUUCUUGACUGACAGUGGAGAUAAACAGAUAGCGCAAAUGCAUCUGAUGGAGCAAGAUGCAAAAAUGAAAAUCACGGAACUAAAAACCACCUCAAAGAGCAUUGACCACAUUGCCAGCAGGUUGCAGGUUCAAUAUCACAAGGCACAAAAUGACAUUAAUGAUACAUACAACUUCUACCGUGCCAUGUUGGAAGAGAGGAAACAAGAAUCGCUGAAAGAGUUGGACCAAGCAUUUAACAGCAAGCAGUUGUUGAUUAACAAUCUUGGCACUAAAAUUCAGGAGCAUAUUGACAAGAUGUACCUGGGAACAGAGUUUGUGGAUAAGAUUACUAAAUUUGCAACCAUACCUGAAGCUCUGAUGUUCAAAAAUUUGGUUGAACAGCGGUUUCAGAAUCUGUUUAAUUUCUCACCAGACACAGACAAUGAAAGCUACCAUGAUAUCGAAUUCAUAUCUAACUUCCAGGCAAUCCAGACUGGUGUACGAAACACUUUUGGCUAUGUUCGAGAGGGACCGAGCGAUAUAUCACAUAUCAUAGCAAAACCUCAACCUAUAGCUAGGCCUAAUGGUAUUGUCUCAUCCAUGACUCCACCACCUGUGACACUCAGCAACACACAGAUGAAUGGCCAGCUCAAUGGUCACCUAUUUGACCCUACCAGUAUUGAAACCAUCCCAACCAGUAACUUUGGAACCACUAAUCAGUUUGAAUCCACCAAUAAUCUGCUGUUCCCCACAACUGAUACGUUCACCACAAACAGUGAUUCUAACCUGUAUGAGAAAUGGUCCAGCGGUGGUUUAGAUAUCUUCCAGAAUGGAAUCGAUGUGUUCUCCACAAGCAGUUACCCAUUGAUGGACAUCACAAGUAAACUGAUCUCAACCAAUCUUUACCCACCAAAGUCCCAAAUCAAGCGCCAGAAGAUGAUCUACCACUGCAAAUUUGGAGAAUUUGGGGUCAUGGAAGGUCAGUUUACUGAGCCAAGCGGCGUUGCAGUCAAUGCACAGAAUGACAUAGUGGUUGCUGAUACAAAUAAUCAUCGCAUCCAAAUCUUUGACAAAGAGGGACGUUUUAAGUUCCAGUUUGGUGAAUGUGGUAAACGUGAUGGGCAAUUGCUUUAUCCAAAUCGUGUUGCUGCUGUAAAAACCUCUGGUGACAUCAUUGUCACUGAGAGAAGUCCGACACACCAGAUACAGGUGUACAAUCAGUAUGGACAGUUUGUCCGAAAGUUCGGGGCCAAUAUUCUUCAACAUCCCAGAGGUGUUGCCAUAGACAAUAAGGGAAGAAUCAUCAUAGUUGAAUGUAAAGUUAUGCGUGUGAUUAUAUUUGAUCAGUAUGGCAACACCUUGCACAAGUUUGGUUGCUCAAAGCACCUCGAGUUUCCAAAUGGUGUUGUAGUGAAUGAUAAGGAGGAGAUAUUCAUCAGUGACAAUCGUGCUCAUUGUGUUAAAGUGUUCAAUUACCAGGGACAGUACCUGCGACAGAUAGGUGGUGAAGGCAUCACAAAUUAUCCAAUUGGAGUGGGCAUCAAUAGCCAAGGUGAAAUUCUAGUUGCAGACAACCACAACAACUUUAAUCUGACAAUCUUCACGCAAGACGGCCAGCUGAUCAACGCACUAGAGAGUAAAGUGAAACAUGCCCAAUGUUUCGAUGUAGCCUUGAUGGAUGAUGGCUCAGUAGUUCUUGCAAGCAAAGAUUAUAGACUGUACAUUUACAGAUAUGCACAGAUUCCUAGUCUUGGCAUGUAAGGAAUUUUUUUGUCCGCCAAAAAUGGCUGUAAGCACUGUAUUAUGUUUGCAUGAUUUAAACCUGUCUGGUUAAUCAGCUGGUUUGGGGAAAACAAGCUUUUUGGUUCAGCAAAAUGCAAGAGUAUUAGUUAUUGAACUGAAAUGACAAAAUGUGCUUGCUAAUGUUAAUUUUUUAUGGCAAUUUUUUUGUAACUUUUUUUUAAUUGAUAUAUAUUUUUUUGUUAUUGAAGAGGCAUUUCGGCAAUAGUCUCUUUGUUACAAGGGUUUUGUCCAUGUAUGGCCAUGUGCCUGUUACUAGUCAUGGUGUAAAAACUGCAAAUCAAGCAUUGUAUUGCAUCUGUUGUCAUGGCAACACAAAAAAAGGUUGACGGUGGUGAUAAUUGAGCUGUUACUGAUUUUUUUUUUGAGCUGCUGUGACAUGAGAGAUGGGUCGAUUCCGAUGGUCAGUAUUUAGCUGAAUGCAUUAUGCAAAUGCAUUAUAUCAAAUGUUCUGUAUUUUUUGUACAGGAUCAGGCUGUCAUAAUUGAAAAAGUCCACCAUUACUAUUUAAUGUUACUAUUUAUGAACAAAUGUUGAAUUAUUUUAUGAUUAUUUUUGUCAUUAUUGUGAUAGAUCUUGUUCGUUGUUGUGCUGAAGCACAGCUUAUUAUUAUUUAAAUGCCACUGUAGCUUUCUUUAUUUUGUUUUUUGUUAUGUAAUGUUAUAUAUAAUUUAAUUUAGUUGUGCACAGUGUUAGAAUUCUCAAUUGGUUAUGGCCUUUGUUUAUUUCUCUCUAGUUAAUACAAUCAGUAUACAUAGACAAAAUCACAUUUUUUUGCAGUUGUUGUUUUUAUUUUAGUCUUGUUUUUGUUGUUUUUUCUUUAGAUUUAAUAAUGAUUAUGUAGUUUAUUGAGUUUAUAGUAAAAUUGGACCAUGAGACUUAAUUUUGAAAGCUACCUCAGCUUAGUUCUAUGGGAUGAAUAUCCAAAGUAAAUUUUAGUCAUAUAGCAAGUAUUCUAAACAAAUGAGUUAUUUAAGUCUGUAACUAUUUAGGUGAAAAUUUCUUAUAUUUAGUCUUUUGAAGUGAAUCGAGUUUAAAAAACCUUAAAACAUUUAAAGUCAUAUUUGGCAAUACUAUAGUACAACUCCUGUUUUGUUUAAAUCUGUUACAUAAGACAUAAUUUGUUAUUGAAAAUAUCUCCCAAUUUUCCACUUGCUUUAGUAUUUAUAUUUGAUAGUCAUAAUAGAAGAGAUUAAUAUUUAAUAUGUUUUGCCAUAUGAAUCAGGACUUUGUUAUGUUGCCUUUGUUCAAGAUACUCUUUAUUUAUAAUCAUACCCAAUUUUUACUGCAGGAUUUGUAACCUAAUCAACACAGGGUAGUCAGUUUUGUCAAAGUUAUCUUUCCUUUAUUACUAUUUAUAGAUUGUUUUUCUUUGUUCUUAAAAUAGAAUUGUCACUUGGUGCAGAGGUCACAAAAGUUCAUGUCUCUUCAUGUUUUUCUUUGUGUCUGAUCCGCAAUGAUAAGGAUACAAUGAAAAUUAGUAAUCCAAAACUAAUAUGUGCCAUAGAUGAUAUUGUGAUGUUUGACCAUAUUAUCAUAUUGAUUUUAUACAGAAAUCCCCGUAUCAUUUUAAACUCAUUAUCCAUUUAUUUUAAUACUAGAUAAAUCAGUGAUUGAAUUGAUAAAUAACAAAGUAAUCUCACAAACCAACGAAUGCUUUGUUUAUUAUACAGAUAAAUAACAGUUCAAAAUUUUAGGUAGAUUCAUAGAGCUGUUUCAUAACAAGGUUAAAUGGUUCGUUUUUCCUCUGCUUUUGGUAGAGUAGCACACAAGCUAAAGGUGUGGUAAUUAAAGAAGUAUACAAAUAUUUGAAAUAUGCGUGAAGGAAAAGGUUACAUGAUACUUAUAUGGUAUAUUUGUAUUUAUAUAAACACUUGUGGUAGACAACUUUAAAAGUUGAAUUCUGCAUUGACUUUAGGGCUAGAUUUGAUUGAUUGACAUUAGGGUGUUUAUUACUAAUUCAUUUUGAAUUUAUAUAGUGAGUGAUUGAAUCAUCAUUCAUCAGUCAUCCUUUCACUCAUCCUUGUUAAACUUUUUUAUAAAUAAAUCAGGGAAUUAUCAUAACUGCACUUUGGUGCUAAUUAUAGAGAACUGUUACCAUUUUCAUUUUGUUUGACUGGACAAAUGUUUUGCUAAGCAUGACAUUUUAAAAGAUGUCAAAGAAGGUUCUAAAGUCCCCAUGUAUAGUGAUGUGAGAUUUGAUCCCAAUACGUAAGAUUGUAAGUGCAAGUUGUGUAUUUGAGAAAUGAAAGAUGUUUGUUUGUUUGUUGAAAACUGCCAGUUUUGAGUGUAUACGGUCUCGAUCCAGUGUUCGUGUUCAUGUGACCUCUGUUGCCAAGUAACUGUUCAUGUCAUUUGAUGAAUUAAUUUUACUUCCUAGCUUUCAAAUGCAGCAAAUUAAUUAAAUUUGAAACAAAAAAUUUAUUUUUGAAUUCAGUAUCUUCAUACGUUUCAACUAUCUUUACUUUUAUAUACUGAUGAAGUUGUUAAAUCAUUUUUCGCAUAGAAACAUGAAGAGUGCAAUUUAUGAGCAAAGAUUUUUUAUUUUAUUUGUUUUGUUUGUUGUAUUUUCAAUCUUAACCUUGCCUAAUUGUUUUCAGGACAGUAUCUGGACUGUUUUCGAUGUCAUUUUUUUAUAGUAAAACAAGAAAUCAUUGAAUUUUUAUAUGCCAUAUUUGUUAGUAGCAAACUAUUUUUGAGAACAUUCUUAUUUAGAUAAAAUGAGAUAGAAGUAGUAUAAACUGGGGUUGAGGGUUCCUUGUACACUGAUCAUUUAGCUUGAUCUUUAUUUUGUUGAUUUAUUUUUUAAAAGAAAUAUUUCAAUGGGGGAAAUACAAACUUUUGUAAAGUGCAUUUAAUAUAUUUUGUUGCCAUUUUUGCUCGAAGACUGCCAAGAGGUCCAUUGCAUGUUGGACCUCUUAGGACGGUCAAAACACCUUGUUUAACUGAUAAUUACUACAUUAGCUACACAGUGUUACAAAAAAAUCUGCAUUUAUCAGUAUUAAUAGAUUAGAGAAUUGGUGAUUAUAUUUAAAAUGUUUGCCUUGAGCAUUCAUUUUUUCCUGACACAAGAGCAGUUCAUUGUAAGAAAUUUUUAACAUACCUAAGGUUAGAUUGUAAAAAGAAAAUGCAAGGAGAAUCCAGAUCAAAAUGCUAUUGGUUGACGUGAAAUAAUGUGUGAAGCUGUUGUAGUAAUUUUAAGUUGAGAGAUGUCAAGUUAUCUUGCUCACUUCUGUUGUUGUCCAUUGCUGUCAUUCUCAUGCUUAUUGUUUGGGUUUUUUGAACUGAGAUAUAUAUAUUAUUAUAUAUAAUGACCAUAAUAUGAAUAUUUUUGUACAUUUCCUGAUUAGAUACUUAGAUUGUGCAAAAUUUUGGAUAGUUGUUUGAUAUAUUGUAUUCAUAUGUGGUUUAAAAUUUGUAGAUUAAUAUAUCCUAUAUUUUGCUGUAGUAUAUAUGCAUUUUUAUUUAAAUUAUAUUUCAGAAACUGAAAUUAGUACAAAUCUUUUUUUAAUCAAAUUUUUACCAAGUUAUGGUGUUAAAAUUGUUUUUGGUUUGAAUGUGGGUUAGAAUUGCUUUGUCUGAGGCAAGGGAUAUUACUCAGAUUUAAGCAUUAUUAUGUUUGUGUUCAAAACUUACAAGGUUGUGUCCCCUAUUGUGACGGAGUACAAUAAGGCUUACAGCUGAAUAUGUGUUCCGAUUUGUUAAAAAUAAUAAUAUAAAUACAAAAAAAAAAAAAAAAAAAAUUAAGAUAUAGCCUGUUAAAUUUUUAUUUCUGAUAUAUGCAUAUUUGUUAUAUAAAAAAAAGCUGCAUUUUUUUCACAAAGCAAAUAUAAAGAAUAUGGACAGCCUUGUUGUAUUGUAGUGUAAAUGUUGCCUCAUGUGUCUUCCUUGAUUAUAUUGUUGUUGUGUUUGUAUUUUGUAUAAGAUAUUGGUGAAGUAUUGCUAUCCCACACUGAUACAUACAUUUAACAUGCUAUUAAAUCAAUAGAUUGUAUCAAGGCGUAAUUCAAGGGUGGUAUUUCCAAAUUGCUAGUUUUAAUGAAAUCAAAUAUGUGAAGUAUCCCAAGUUGAACCAACUGGGGUGACUGCUUGAUUUAUUUUUUGUCGUGGUAAGUACUACUGUAACUUUUCUUCCAUUGUUGAAUUUUUUUUAUCAAAUGUUAUAUGUUUGAGGAACAUGAAUACUCAAUCAAAAUCAUUAGUCUCAUUUUCCAUAGAAACCAUUCAUUUACCUUAGUAACUGCAAACAAUCAUUGGUAGGGUGCUUUUUGGGCUUUUUUUACAGCCAACUGUUCAAGUUUAGUUUUGCAAAGUCAAAUUAGGGUUAUUUUUUACUGUUAUACAUCUGCAUUUUUAUAUAAAAAAGAAGAAAAAAAAGUCUGCCAUAAAUCAACAUUUUGACCAGAUUUGCAUAUUUGCAUUAAAAUGCUUGUUAAAUGCUUUGUAUGUGAUUUUUUUUUAUAACUUCAAAUAAUUGCCUUGAAACAUGGUACAAUUCAAAUAUGCAAGUGUGGAAUACCUUUGGUGAACAUGUUAAGAUAAAUAUUAAGUGUUCUUUGUUGUGAUUAUCCUUUUGAGGGAUACAGUGCUAUGGUUUGUUUAUGGUAUAAGAGUUUAGAAAAGUGUUUUUGAGAGGUUGUUUUUUAUUUUCUAAAAGAAAUGCAUUAAUACAUGUUAUUUGAUAGUAUUAGAAUUUUUUUUCUUCAAUAAAACUUCAGUUUUUGAAUCAGUUUUCAUUGAUUCACUGAACUUUUGCCUACUUGUGGACCAAAUAAAACAUGUAAGUUGUUUUGCUCAAUGUUCAACUUCAAGCAGUUGUAUCUUGUGUGGUUGCAUUUUUUGAAAGAAAAUAUAUACAAAAAAAGACAUGCCUUCGACAGCAGUAAAAACAUUUAGAAUUUAUUACUUAUCUGCAUAAUUUUUAGCCAAAGACAAAGUUAAUAAAUGGUAUUGAUAAAGAAAAAAUCAGUAAAAUAGAUCAUCACUGUUUUUAAACUUGAUUUUCUUUGUUAAUUUAAAGAUGUUUAAUAUUAGAGAAUCAUUUUCAUAAAAUGAUGAGGUAAAACUAUAUAAGAAUGAUAAAUUUAUCAGUAUACUGAUUUAAGUCACCAUGGUUACUGCUAUGACCUUAAAAAGGGCUGAACAAAUAAGUCAAAACCUAGGAAAAACUUGGAAUUUAUAUGACCGUGGUUAGAUGUAUUAUUAAAAAGUGAUCUGUCUAUAUACACUUCCAUGAAGGCAAGAAAAAAAAAGAAGAGCUUUUCUCUAAAAUUGUUAAUGAUUUAAACAUUUUGGUGCAUAAUGUUGAUCUAGUAUAUGUCUUGUUGAGAUGUUAUAGUUGGCUUGUCUUCUCAAAGCUGUAUGAUCAUGGUCAUGACAGAAAAUUGAACUUUUUUUGAUAAAAUUAAUUUUUAGACUUGCAUGGAAAUUGUGUUUAAAGUGACAUUAUGCUCAUUUUUGUUGUCAGCUUAGAGCUGAAUAAGCUAUGUAUUUAAAAAGAUUGACUAUUGUAAUUAGGAUUGACCAAUUAUUGAUAAUUAGGAUAAAAUUUUUAAAAAAUGCUUUUUAAAUGUAAAAAGACUGCCCCACUCUUUUGUAUCAAAUGAAUGUUACUGAUAACUUACAAAGGUUAUUUUAUAGACAUUCCUGUGUGUCACAGAGUUAUUGUUUAUGUAUAACCAAAUCAAUCAUGAGAAAAUUUCAGUAUGUCCUUUUUCAGUACAGUCACCAUUUACAUUUAAAUUGGCAUAAUGUCACUUUAAGGAAAGAGCUGUAAAAACAUAGCUUAUGUUUCUUUUGAAUUAUUUGUUAAACUUUUUGAGACGAUAAAAAGGGAUUAAAAACUAAAUUGUAUUUUGUACCAAACAUGCAGCUUUGAAAGGAGAAGCAUUGUUAAAAUGUACCAGACUUCUGUCUGGGAGAGGGCAUGUGUUAACAUUUUGAAAGUUAUUGAAACGAAAGACUUGUUUAUAGUUAUGUUUGGUUAUUAUAUACUUGUACUAUAUAUGGUAUUUGUGGUAAUUUGUUAUUGUACAAAUGGUCACGCCAUGGCAUUAAGAAAAUGAUGAAUGUAUCUAGUGGUUAUGGUCAAAAAGUGCCUGAAAAGAAAAUCUAGUUUGUUGAAUUCUGCAUAAUACUUUCCAUGGAAUUUUCUUGAAUGAAAUUUUUAGUGCACAAGUUAUCAUCGUCAUUUGCUGCAACAAAAUAUUGUCUGUUGUAGACACAUUAUAUACACUAAGUUCUUGUAAUGCAUCUUAGCCUUAUCUAUUAUAUGACAUUAUGGAAAAACAAUCAAAAACAUGGCCUGACUGUUGAAAAUAAUUGCUUUUUGUGUUGUGUCAAUUUAUUUCGGGGCCUUCGGAUACUACAGAUAUUUUGCCAAAAGAACGGAGUUUUGAUUUUUAUAUGAUUUAUUUAUAUAUAUUUAUGAUGUAGUUAUUGGUUAUAAAGGUUUCUAUCGUUCAUACUUGUCGAAGAAGACCACUAGUUUUGUUUUCAUACUCAUUUAAUCCAUGUUUAAUGUUUUGCCAUAUAUAUUAUAUGUUGUUCUUUCGCAGCUUCAUUCCAACGUGUUUAACUACUUUCUGUGUUCCUUUUAUUUGCAUCUGAUACAAAAUAACUGACGUUUGCUCGCAUUUUUGGGAUAAUAUUUGCAGUCUUACUGUUUUAUGUGUGGAUAUUAUUUUUUUGUUGUUAAUAGAAUUUUUAUACAGUUAUUGGUGUUGUGCAUGGUUUAUAUAGCUUAGUUAGUCCGUAAAAAUGAGUUAGAUUUGUUAUACUGUUUAAAGUUUUAGUUAUUUCUUGCCCUGUUGUACUAUUUUUUAACAUUAUCUUCUACAGUGACAGUUAAAAUGACAGUUAAACUUCUUUCUACACAUUUUUCUGACAUAUGUUAUUACAACUUGGAAUUUGAUAGGAAAUAAAUGUAAUAAUAUUAUUCCUGAUGAAAUUUUUCAAGUUUGAAAUUGUGAGUCGUUCAAAUUUAAAGUGAAAAUUUCAGAUUUGGUCUCAAUCUUGUCAUAUAAAAAUUUUCAUAUAUACAGAUAGCAAGUUGGGUUGUAGAUUUUACUUUAUAACAACUUAUUUUGUAGUUUAACCCUACCUUGCUGGAAACGAAAAAAAGGAAGUAGCAUUUUCUACCAGAGUAGGGCAUGGUCAGACUGCACUAACUUAAUAUUCUCAUCUUGAUACCCCAUAAUUGGUAAUGGACAGUUCCAAAUACAGAAACUGGUCAAGUCCAUUUUAAUUAUUUAGCAGGUUAAGGGUUAAUAUAAGAAAUACAUAAAAUCCUACUUACAAUAACUAAUUUCUGAUUAACUUUGAUGAGUAUAUCAAUUAUUGGCUCUUACUGUAUUGAAGCAAUAUGGAUUGAAUCCUUAAAUUUACAUCUGUUGUAUUGUUGAUUACAGGUUCAAAAAAUAAUAACAAAAACACAAAAAAAAAGAAUCAAGUGUUGAAAAAGUUUAUAUUUUACUAUGUUGAAUUUACUGUUUGUGUUUUUAUUACUAUACUUUAUUAGUCUUGAAUGAUUUUUGCUUUUUGACCCCAGUUAUUUGGGGUGUGUUUUUGUAGACUUUGUAGAUAUGUUAGACAUUUAGUUCUAUUUUAGAUUAUUUAUUUUGUUCUAUUUGUUGUCUUGAUGCCAUUAAAUUUUUGUUCUUGCUUGAUAUAAAGUGACCAUCUAAGCAUAGAGGUAUGAAAAAAUCUUGACAUGAAAGUUUUGUGUAAAGAAAAUUUAUAUUGAAUGAAUUUUUGGCAUUAUAUAGCAGUUCAGGGAGAAUCAUAUAAUCAUUAUUUAUAACGUCUGUUGAAUGAAUGACACUUAUUUCAACCAAUACUGUCACAACUUAUUCUAAACUACAAGGAACUGUGAAAGAUUAUAAAUGCUGGUACAAAUAUAUUUUAGGUCACGGAACAUAUAUCUGUUUCAAGUAAGUUUGUUGCUACAACAAAACAAAAUUUAAGUUCAUGUUUAUGAAAUGCACUUAUCACAAAGUUGCAACAAAAAACAAAAAUAAUCAAAUAAUUUGACAAAAGACUCCUUAGAUUUUUUUUCUUCAAAAAUGGAAAGACAAAAUAAAUUAUGAUAUUACUUGUUGAUAGGUUGAAUUUCCUUAGAGAAUCUAGUGCUAUUUGCUUGUUUUCAUAUUGUUAAUCUCAGCCAUAACUUUCCUUGUUAUUAAGUUGUUGAGUCUGCAAAGUAAUUCCAUAUUUCACUGUUACUAAAGAAGUCUCUGUUAAACAUUUUCAUUUUUGUUUUGUUAUUUUCUCAUUCUCUCAAAUAGAUUAACUGCCAGAAAUUAUUCCAUUUAUACUAUAUAAUUCUCAAAAUGUAAUUUUUAUAAAGUUGAUUAGCAACUAUUAAAAUAUAGAAUGUAGCAAACAUUUACAAUGAUAUAUUGAUGUGUUUUUUCUCUUCAAGUUAAUAAAAUGAUAUGAAUUUUGCAUUUGAUUUCCAUUUAUUUCAUACCCGAUUUAUAUUUUGUUAAGUUUGAGUAUAUAUUUUGUAAGGAUUUUCUUCAAGAAUUUUUGGGUUUUUGAACUCUUUUUUUUUUCAAUCACAACAGCUCAUCUUCAUUCUCGGCAUCUAUACGUAAAGUUAACUUAAAAAGUACUGCAGCAUUGUAAAUACAUGUAUUGGUAAUUUUUGACAACUAUUAUUGAGUCUGAUUACAUGCCACAAGAUACAGGAUUAUAAUAUUUUCAUUUAAUGUACGUUAUUUAAGCCUGUGCUCAGUCAUAUUUAUCCUAUAGAAGCACAUUCCAUACCCAGGGUUUAAAAAUAAAAUUUCCUAUCAAAUAUGUUGAAAAUAUUCUAUGAAAAAUUUAAUUUUUGUUGAGCUGUUGAACAAAAUAAAAAUUAUGUUUUAGAAUUUGUAUUUUUCUCUUUUUUUUUUAAUGAACAGGUUUUCAUAUUUAAUCGUUGUUUUUUCUUUUAUAGAUAUGGUAGCAUUUUACUUAAUAAUUCUGGGAAGUUUUUCAUGUCAGCAUCUGUUUUAGAUAAAUUUAUCUAUCAAGUCCGAGAAUAGUUAAGAUAGCAUAGCUACUGUUUAUUGUUAAAAAUUUUAAAGAUGCAAAACUGUUCCAUAUCAUGUUAAUUAUAAAGCCGAAAUCCUUUGUUUUUAUAUGAAUUGUUAUGUUCUUAAAAAGGUUAUAUAGACUGCUGGUUUAUUAAGAUACGUUAAGAUCUGGGGCGUUAUGUUACAUAGUACAAAUCCUGAAAGUAAAUUGAAUGGCCAUGCUAUGUUGAUAUAAGUAUUAUAUAUAAAUACACGUAUAGAAUCCAUGGUUUCUUGCUUAUUUUGUCAACUAGAACAAAUAUCGAAUUUGUAAUAGAUUAAGAGAUGAGACUAUAUGCUUUAUGAUAAUCUGUGCCAUAAUCAUAGCACAACGAAACUCUUGUGCCAGUCACUUAGUAUUUGUGUGAAAAAAUAACUAGUUAUCAUAAAAAAGGGGAAAGAAAUGGUCUAGUAAUAAAUCAUUUGUAAUUUCUUUUUAUAGCAUUUGAUUAGAAACUAGUCAGAGGUAUAACUUAUAGUUGACAAGUUUUUAUCCAGUUUACUUUCAGGUCAUUUAACUAAACUGCCUUAUAUCAUAUUAAAGAAAAAAAAUAACAAAAUAUAUUAAAUAUAUCACUUAAUAUAUAUAGUCCUUAGUUUGGUGUGUUUUUGUGUUGUUAUUAUUUAUUAGAAUUUUUAGGCUUACAAAAAGAUCAAACUAUAAAACUGAUGCAAUAAUUGUAAAGUUUUUCUUAUGAUGAUUAUAAUUGUUGGAAAUUUAUCGAACGAAAUGGAAGAAAUAUUUUCCUAAGAUCUCAGUGUGUUGAAUGAUGUGACUGUUUUAGGUCUUGAAUGCUUCAAAGUUUAUGGCCAAAAAGAAAUGAGCCGUGUCACGACAAAACCAACAUAGUGCGUUUGCCACCACAGGUUGAGACCAACAUGGAUCCAGACCAGCCUGCACAUCCGUGCAGUCUGAUCAGGAUCCAUGCUGUUCGCUGUCAGUUUCUCCACUUGUAAUAGAGUUGAUAAGCGAACAGCAUGGCUCCUGAGUCACAAACCCACUAUGUUGGUUUUGUCGUGACGCGGCUCAAAUGUUCCAUUGUAAAGUAAUUAAUUUUUUUCUGGCAGACUUGAAAGUACCAAAUUAUUUGACCUAAAAAACUGAAAUAAUUUCUUCAUUCAUUUGAAUUGAUAAUGUUAGGUAAAGAACACAAUGUGUUGGUGUUAAUUGUUUCUGAAGAAGGCCCAUCAUUUUAAAAUGCUUGUCCUUCAUUGUUCAAUCAUCAUUAUUAUCAUACCGGUAGUUGUUGCCAGACUUGAAGUAUACAAUGAUCAUGUAAAACAGCACAAUAUCUCCCAUUUCACCCACUAAUGUACUUUUUAGCAUCUUAGAUUUAGUUAUACACACUGUUAAUUAUAAACAAUGAUUUGUUUAUUAAAGGUUCAUGCAUUAAAACAUUUUCAUCUGUCAUCAAGUGUUAUUAUUGUCAUCAGUUUUCAUCAGUUUUGUUAUACGAGUGUACAUGAUUGGUAUUAAUAAAGUAUUUUGUUUGCUUCAAUAAA